AUGUCCGAUCCACCUCAUGUUGCCAUAACAAUGGCAAACUCCAUAUUUAUUAUCACAUGUACUGUGGGGAACAGUCUCGUAUGCGCCGUAGUGCUAAGAAAUCGAGACAUGAGGUACAGAAACCAAUUCAAAUUAUUCUGUAUUCAUAUAGCUAUUUUUGGCUGAGUCCAACGUUCGAUGGAUUACAGUAAAAGCCUGCAACCAAAACCCUAGUUUUCAAGAACCUGUUAGGCUAAAAUUUGCCAGUUAGGCCCCCUCUAUACAAGAACCUGUUUACUCUAAAAUUUGAAACAGAGGUUCCACUAAAAGCUCAACGUAUUUUUUUCUUCAGAAAAUAAGAAAAACCUAACUAGCCAUUUAUGUAAGAACCUGUUCAGGCAAACUUGAGAAUGCACAGUGGGUGAUGCAGGUUCUUAGUUACGGAUUUAACUGUAGUAUUUGUAUUUGUAUUUGUAUUUUAUUUUUACUCCAUCCUAUAAUACAUUAGUAGUACAAUAAUACAAUAGUUGUUAUAUAAAUUGGUACAAAGUUGCUUAAACUACGUCUACAUAAUAAUAAUAAUAAAAGAAGAAAGUUAGAAUGGAGAAGGGCACAUUAUAGUGAAACUAAUCAUGGCCCUUUAACAAGAUUGACUUUAUUCGUUUGUAGUUUUGUAGGAAAUCGUUGUGUAAAGUGCGUUCAAGAAACAUUUCAGGGGAGAGUUGGAUUUUUAAGCAAAGGUCGCUGUAUGAACUGUUUUUUUUUUUUUGGCCGUAGUGGAGGUUGUGCGCCUGCCUUUGAUUAAGCUCGAAAUAACUAUUUAUUUGCCACAUUGCGAUGAAAAACUAAAAUGGAACACGCUCCAACUAAAAACAGAAACAAGAGUGGUAAGAAAAUAGAUAGGUCUAAUUUAUUAGCAAAAAACAACUUUAACUGUCCACGUUCAGCACAUUUUUUUGUACAUUUCUGUACCACGCUUUAUGGAGGACGUUAACAAGCGACGACGAAGUUUCCUUUCUGUUAUAAACUUUCUGAACUUGAAUAUGAGUAGUGCAGGGCGCACCGGUCACUCCUUGUUUUUGCGCAGGAAUACAUUAACUAGGUGACGUCAUAGGCUAUUGUCUUGAUCUCAUGAAUAAAAUGCGCAGGAAUCUCAUUAACUUGCGGUGGAAUCUCAUUAAGUAUAUCCAGUUUGACGGGUUUAUCAAUGAUGUCAUGUUCUAUUUUUAUUUUGUGGCGGUCAUGGUUGGUAUAACCGGUUUGACAGGUUUUAGUUAUUUUCGGAAGAUGAUGCCAUAUGUAUUCCGGGGUACUAUGAUGUCAUAGUUGUUUUGAUUGGUUGACCGGAAUUAGAAAGACGCUCACUGGCUGUCUCGUUUGACGAAGCAUUCUGGUUGGUUGCCGUAUUUUUUUAUUGUUUGAACGGCAUAAAAGCCUGCUAACUGCCUUCCCGCAUACUAAUUUGGAUUUCCUGCAUACUAAUUAAGUGUCUUCCUCCAUAGAUAAUGAAGUGGAUAGGUUUACUAAUGAGCAUCACUCUACUACAAUAGGAACAAUAGGCUCGCCUAGACUUGCCCGGGCUCUUUCAACCCUGAUUGGCUCAUGUAGAAUCUAUUCUGUCUUCCAAAUAAGGCGGGCUCUCCGUUUAACAUAUUACUCUUGCAAUCGCUUUGCUAAGGAAAAAGUCUUACUAUCACCAAUAUUUUUUUUAAACAUUGCUCCAAACAUGCAAGUCAAAUCGGGUUGUAAAUUUGUCUGACUAUUACAGAACUGUUUUCUCCUUUCUAUCUCGAGGAAAUGAAAAACUAUUGAAGUCUUGUCAUUUUCACGCACGGUUAAUCAGUUAAUUAUGCGAGUUCACAAGCCCAAAGUUGAAUACAAAUUAGCUCUACAGGAAGGACCCAAGGGAGAGAAUCUUGACGUAUUAUUAUAAAACAAAUAACUUAACAAGGAUCAAUUAAAACACGCGACUCAUAAUUGCUAGCAAUAAAACCACAAGAGAGAUACCGUUUUGAAAACUUUAUUAAAAGUCAAUAACAAAAAGAGUCAAAUACACAGCGAUUUGAAAGGAAAAGGAAUGAAAAUUAAUCCUUUGACUGACUAUAACAAAUCAGUUUUUUCCGUCCUAUUUCGAAAAAUAAUGAAUAAUCCUUCCGUGUCUACACAAUUUUCCUAUGGCCUCGAAGCCAAGAGUUCGACUUUCUUUGUUUCUUGCGCUUUGUCUUGUUCUUUGUAGUCGGUCUUUUAGCUUUUGCUUCAAAAGAGACUUCAUUUCUCUGUGAUCUUGACAGUUCGCAGUACACCGUUUCUUGUGUCUGUACUGGAUUGUGAUAGUGAUUUUUUCCGGAAUUAUCCGCUUCACUUUCGUAAACGACGACUUUAACUUUAGGUUGCAGUUUCGCCUCUUGUAAACACUGUCUUCGCUGUAUGUGGUCUAACUGAUUAACAUCCGCGAGACGGUUAGCUAAUCUGACAAGGUACUUCGCCCCACAGGAUGAAAUAGGACAGUUUCUGUCAAGAUCACAGAGAAAUGAAGUCUCUUUUGAAGCAAUGCCGUUCAAACAAUAAAAAAAUACGGCAACCAACCAGAAUGCUUCGUCAAACGAGACAGCCAGUGAGCGUCUUUCUAAUUCCGGUCAACCAAUCAAAACAACUAUGACAUCAUAGUACCCCGGAAUACAUAUGACAUCAUCUUUCGAAAAUAACUAAAACCUGUCAACCGGUUAUAUAAUAAUAAUAAUACCAACCAUGACCGCCACAAGACAAAAAUAAAACAUGACAUCAUUGAUAAACCCGUCAAACUGGAUAUACUUAAUGAGAUUCCACCGCAAGUUAAUGAGAUUCCUGCGCAUUUUAUUCAUGAGAUCAAGACAAUAGCCUAUGACGUCACCUAGUUAAUGUAUUCCUGCGCACUUUAAUGAGAUUCCUGCGCAAAAAAGAGGAGUAACCGGUGCGCCCUAUACUACUAAUAUGGAGUUCUUGGGGUCAUUCUACUCUACAUUUGACAUGGCAAGUUAGCUAGAAAAAUCGGGAUGAAGGCUGAAAAAAACGCGAAUUCUUAUUUAAAGCGAGGUUUUCGCCGCCUUGGCUGUCGGAUAUUAGGGAGUUUACGCAACGACGACGGCGACCGCUAAGAAAACGUCACUUAAAAAGUGAAUUUGCGCUGCCUCAAACUUAAUUGCGCUUAUUCCAUCUAUAGUUUAAUUCGUCAAAUGGUGGCAAAUUAUUUUGGAGUUGAAUUCUAAAGGACUGCAUCAAAGUUCAGGAAAAGAAAAAGAAAGUUGUUGUCUUUUGUUCCGGUCCUCGACAAAACGUGAAAUUAGGCAGCUUCACGUUUUUUGUCUUGCAACGACGGCAGGAAAAUGUACAAAAAAGCGUCAUGCCCUUGCAAAGUUGUUGUUUUGCUUGUCUAAACCUAUUGCUUUUUUGCCGUUCUCGUUGCCGUCGCCGUCGUUGUUGCGUAAACUCCCUAUUAGGGGCGUUUAUACGAGAGAAAAGCCCCGGCUUACUCUAACCGCGGCUUACAUAAGACGCGAAAGAAACCAUUUACAUGUAUACGAGUACGGCUUACGCAAGAUGGGAACUGCUCUUGUAAAUGGUUCAGAUCUUAGUUCGCGGCAAGACCGGUCCAUUGAUGACGUAGUUUGUUUUUGUGCCUCGGGUAAUUUGCAUCAAUGGCUCGAGCGACGAAAAUGAGAAACGAUUGGCCUUGGUCAGGAAAAUCGCCAUAUUUUACACUGUCCUUUUCAUUUCAAAUUAGUUUUUUAGGUUUAGAUUUAGCGAAACAACAACUCUGCACGUGCAUCACUGCACGAUUGGCGAAGUUAAAAUGCCUAAUUUCACGUUUUAUAGAGGACGUAAAUACAAGACAACGACUUUUUUUUUCUUUUCUCGAACUGCGAUACGGUCUUUGAACAAGAUGGAUAUAAUCGCUACAAAGUUUUCAGCAGCACGACUUCACUUUUUAAGUGAUGUUCUCGUAACCGCCGCCGUCGUUGUUGCUUAUAAGCUUUCACGAGACUUUUCUGAUCUUUUCUGGAGCUAAGUCAAGCGCGAAAUUUCUCAGGGUCCAAAGUACACUUCCCAGAUCUGGAAGUCUGCUGUGAUUAGUGUUCGUUUUUUUCCGUUCAAAUCAGCAGACGUUAGUGGGGCAGGAACGCGAGACGAACCCCUAAGAACGUCUGCGUGGAAGGCUACUGCAACGCGCGUGUCACAAACAUGAAGAUCUUGGAUAUAAUAGCGCUGCGCACAGAUGACGUCACAAAAACGUGACUCCCACCGAGACUAAGACAAACAAUUGCCAUCUCUUCUGGAGGUCGCAAGAACGCUUUAUGGAAGCGCACAGUUUGUGAUCAGUUCUGCUCGCCGUUUUAGCGUUUUUAGGAGCGUUCUAGUUUCGAAAUUUGAGGAACUCCCAGGAGAAUAUAAUGUAGAACAAAUCAAAACAUUGCCCGUGAUUCGAGAUUCGAAUACACUCAAGCUCGGGGGAAUUCAUCAACUACAAGACCAAACCUGUUUUAGAAUUGCUUGGCGUUUACGAACAAACACCAAAUGUUUCAGGGAGGUUUCGAUGAUAAUUUUUCUGGAUAUCCUGAAAACUGACUCAGUCAGUGCGUCACGCCGGUGUGGUGUUGAAAACAAUGAGAAUUCACAAAAUGCCCAAGGUUGACGAUUGAGUCUACCUCAAGCCAAGGGAAAUGUUUGAAAUUGCUUGAGAUUUCUAAAGAAGCAUUUUAUGCUUUUAGAAGAAUUAAAUCGGAGAAUUCGUGAAAAUGGAAUAAAUUUAACACUGUCAUGUAUCUACCUCUUCCAACACAUUUCCCGGCUGCCUGAUCACUGCCACAAAACACAGCGUACUUCGCUUUCUUUCCGUAUUUCUCUCAUUUAUUUAGUGACUCAGACCAAUUUUUCCUGGGAUCCUUAAGUCCCUCUCACAUUCUUCCCAGCUGCAACGCUUGUUGUUUACCAUAUCCAGAUAAAAAUACGCGUAAAAAACAAUGUUUGGUCUUAACACUAGGUAAACGCGCAAACAAAGCCUUUGAGUAAAAAGCAAAGUUUGGGUCAGUUAUGUGGGGGGUCUUUUCAGACGUGGACUAUUUUUACAAUCUGUGCGCAGCGCUACUAAAAACAGCGCAGCAAUCGUUCACGGCUCCAGCAAGCCGCGAACAACGUUUGAGUGCAUUUAUACAAACACUUUCACCUCCAAGGUAAGCCGCAGCUAGGACUCUGAAGCUCAUCCCAAACUCCUCGGCCAGGAUAAGCCGCGGCAAGACCUAGCCGUGGGUUGAAUAAGCGGGUGUUUACACGAGAAAACUCGCACCAGCGCGAGUUUCAUACCGGGAUGACUUUUUAAUUUCGUAUCGCGUUUACAUGAUGACUGCGUCAUUUCCGUAUCUCGCUAUUUGAAGGUACACUUCAUGUUGAUAAAAUGCACGUGUGAUUCAAAAUCGCAAACAUUUCGCGUGCGCUUUCAGUUCCAGUCUAUCAGCACACCGAAACGUGUGGUCGUUUCGCGUAUACAUGAUACAGUUGCGAGAUUUCGUACCGGAGAGAGAUUCUCGCCCCGGUACAACAACAGAGGUGAGAUCACGCUGGGGUGAGUCGCGCCGGCAUGACGUUUUGUGGUGGUAUCAUGUAACUGAAUUUAGAGCCAUGAGAGGGAACCGGAGUGAACUCGGUCCGGCGCGAAAGUCGCCCCGGUGUAAUGUAAACACCCCCUAAGCCGUGAACGUAAAUUUUGUACCAUUUAUUACUGGGUGUUGGCGUCUUAUGUUGCCCGGGGCCAGAGAAAGCUGCAGCUUAUUUUAGCGCAUAUAAACGUCCUUAUUGUGAACUGUACCUUAUCCCGCAGGAUUCCUUUCAACUAUCUACUUGUAAACCUAGCAGCAGCGGAUAUCUUUUACGCGACAUUUGCGGUACCCAAUAUCAUUUUAAGGCACCAUGUUUACCAUCCUGAGGGCCUUACUGGCACAUUAUUAUGUACAACGCUGACAGGAAGGAACUUAGCAUGGUUUGGUGGCCGUGCCUCUAUGAUCACUCUGCUUGUCAUCGCCAUUGAAAGGUACUUUGCAGUGGUUCACCCCCUUGGAAACAAAGGAAAACUUACAAAUCGCAAACUCAAGGUUUGUCAUAUUCAAAUAUAUCAUUAUGAUUGUCAUUGUCUCGUCAACGACCACUAACUUUUUUUGGCGUCGUUAUAAUUCUGCAAUGUUCUGAACCUUUUGGCAGCGAUAAAUGAACUUGAAGCAUGGUUUGAACUAUGUUUUAGCCUUAUGGUAUACUUGAUGUACUCCGCAAGUCAGGGUAUACGAGGAACUUUUAGUUACAAUAAGGAGCCAUUCAUAUAGUUAAUCAAUAACUACCCGCAAUAAAUGCUAUUCCAAGAUUAAGUAGAUAUGUCCGAACCCGUUCUAGUCCGGGAAAAGAUCACCGGUGGAGUUGAUUCUCAUCAGCGACCACCACCUGUCGCGACCACUAUUAAAAUUACUGAAGCAUUUUGUGUUCUCUAUUGCGGGAGGUUCGAAUGGAGGCUCGCACUCGGAAAACCAGUGUGACGAGGGAAAAUAUGAUCGACUAGUCGGCAAGUUCAGGCUUAAGCAACUUCAAAGGCGUGUGCGAUUCGGACAGAGUCUACUUUUCUCCACAAGAAAGCAAGGAAGGCUCUGCUUGCAGGUUGAGCAAAGGAGUCGAUCCACAGGCAACACCCUAGGGUUCUUACAACUUUUUAUACGAGUAGGCUCCGCCCCGAGCUCCGAUUAAUUACUUUGCUCCUUUAAUAUCCUUAAAACUGAAGGAAAGAUUAUUCCUUCCGUUUAAAUUCCAUUGAAAAAUAGCACUCCUUUCGCAUACAGUAAACAAGAACCGAUGGCAUCACUUUUCUAAAGUCUAUGAGCAAUAUUAAUAUCUCACAGGGAACGCCAAGCAUCACCUUCUUAGCCCCAGUUGCAUGUCACUAGAAUUAAAGUAUUUAUCAAGAGGCCUGAAAAAAAAAUACAAAUACAAAAAAGUGGUUAUAACCGGGCUACGUAACAUGCCCGCAAGCGGCGACCAGAGAGCUCUGCCAUUAAUUUUAUGAAGAAAUAUAACAUUUGCACUGACACGGCUUCAUUCGCCCUGGAAAGACAAUGUCAGACGCGAUCUACUUAACCAUUAUUCCACGAGUGCGCGUUGGAUAUAAAAUGAUAGAUAGCGGACGAGGCGCGUAGCGCCGAGUAGGCUAUAAUCAUCUCCUAUCCCGCAAGCGCAAGUGGAAUAAUUGUUUUAUUAAAAACGCGCACAAAAUAUCGAGAAUUCUUCCCGACUUUAUUUGUGAAAAGAACCGAUUUUCAGAUUGUUUUUAAUUUUGAGCUACAGUUACCAUAUUUCGAGAGCAUGGUAUAAUGGCUCAUAUACCAUGAUGGCUAAGCCAAUCAGAGCUCUAGAAUUGCAUUAUCCAAUGAUUCAGUUUUUAAUAAAAGUGGCUACACCAUGAAACAAAACCUUGCUACAAAAUUAUCACAUUAGGGCCAUUUAUACGAGGAA